AUGACGUUUACAGACGAAAUCGCUAUUGUUGGAUUUUCCUUCAAACUCCCUCAGGAUAUAGACGAUGAAGCCGGCUUUUGGAAUAUGCUGCAGAAUCGGCAAAACAUGAUGACGGAUUGGCCCGAAUCGCGCAUCAGUGUAGAUGCAUUUGUGGGCAACAAACACUCCAAGGUUCAAUGUCGUGGUGGGCAUUUCCUCAAAGAAGACGUGGCAGUAUUCGAUGCCCCCUUCUUCCAUGUCACGGCAAAGGAGGCUGCUUCCAUGGAUCCAAUGCAGCGCUGGACCUUGGAAACAUCGUACCGGGCUUUCGAGAAAGCGGGGAUGCUGCUUGAGGACCUUAAGGACUCGCAGACUGCCGUUUUCUCGGCGUCCAUGACAGAAGACUGGGCAAGAAUGAUUGCUAUGGAUCCCGAUGGUGCGGAGCGCACAGCCAUAACUGGUACAGUGGCGUCCCUAAUUCCAAAUCGUGUCAGCUACUACUUCGGUCUUCGAGGUCCCAGCAUCCACGUUGAUACAGCUUGCUCAGCCGGUUUGUCAGCCAUCGAUAUGGCCUGCAAAGUCCUUCGUGACGGGGAUGCCACUUGCGCCCUUGUCACAGGAUCCAAUUUGAUUCUUGACCCGGCUGCAUUUCAGAUGUUGUCUAGCCAGAACUUUUUAUCACCGGACAGCCUCUGCUAUAGCUUCGACCACCGUGCGAACGGUUACGCAAGAGGCGAGGGUGUCAUUGCGUUUGUUCUCAAGCCUCUGGCUGCUGCCAUGAAAGAUGGUGAUAUGAUUCGUGCCGUCAUCAGGGCUGUCGCCUCUAACCAGGAUGGUCAUACACCAGGACUGACUCAGCCUAGCCCACGGGCGCAGGAGCAUCUAAUUCGUCAUGUAUACAAGAAAGCAGGACUAUCCCUUGAUCAGACCCGCUAUGUUGAAGCCCACGGCAAUGGCUCCGUGAAAUCAAAUGUCGGACAUCUCGAAGGUGCUAGCGGUCUGGUCGGGAUCCUCAAGUCAAUCCUGAUCCUCGAGAAGGGAAUCAUUCCGCCAAAUGCCAAUUUUGAAAAGAUCAAUCCCGAAAUCGAUGCCGACUUCUAUAACAUUGAAGUCCCAACCGAGAAUAUUCCCUGGCCAAAUACAGGCUUGCGCCGGGUUUCAGUUAACUCUUUUGGAUUCGGAGGCUCAAAUACGCAUAUAGUUCUUGAUGACGCACUCCAUUACUUACAAAGUCGAGGUUGGACUGCAAACCACUGCACAGUCUCCCUUACAGCAAUUAGACCCGCGACAGAUGCUAUUGGACCAUGUCCUACUGUAAAUGGAACCGCUCAGAAUUCUCCGACCGGCCGUGCGAUCAAGACGGCUGACUCAACACUUUCAAUACCACGACGCUCAAGCUUACCCAGACUUCUUGUCUGGACAGCUGCUGACGAGAAGGCUGUUAAGCGCGUGGUGUCGAACUAUGCAGCUUUCUAUACUGCGAAGGUGUUAGGCGACACGGCCAAACUCGACGGACUAGCCUAUACACUGGCUGCCCGACGAAGUAAGAUGCUUUGGCGGACCUUCGCCUUAGUCAAUGACGGACCGAACCGUUCGGUCAAGACAGUUUCAGCCGCCAAACCAAUUCGACGCUUGUAUGACCUUGGACUGGCCUUUGUAUUUACUGGUCAAGGAGCCCAAUACGUCAACAUGGGGUGUGAAUUAAUCCAGUAUCCCAUAUUCUCAUCUACUUUGCGGCAGAUCGACGGAAUUUAUCGCAUACUGGGCAGUCAAUGGUCGAUAUUUGAUGAGCUACGGCGUAACAGUAACAUUGACAAGCCUGAGUAUAGCCAGCCGAUUUCCACCGCUGUCCAACUUGCAUUGAUUGAAUUACUCAGAAGCUUUGGAGUAGUGCCAAAAGCCGUUGUAGGGCACUCAUCUGGUGAAAUUGCUGCUGCCUAUGCAAUUGGUGCGCUGUCUUUGAUUUCCGCAUGCAAAGUCUCGUAUUUUCGGGGACAGCUUGCCGGAAGGCUUCGGGUUGCUCAGAUCAUGUCGCCAGGUGCCAUGUUAUCAAUCAAUCUAUCCAAGGAUCAAGUCCUUGGUUACCUCGAUUAUACGAGCACAACUGACUUUAUUAGCAUUGCUUGUGUCAACAGCCCCGUGAACUGUACAUUAUCAGGCUCCAAAGAUGCCAUUGAUGCUGUUAAGGCGCAGGCCGAAAAAGACAACAUCUUUACUCAGACAUUGAAAACAGGAGUAGCGUACCACUCUCGCUCGAUGCUUGGAAUUGCGGCUGACUAUCUUUCGCUCAUGGGUGAGCUCGAUGACGUCGGGACUCAAAGAGAUAAGGACAUCCCUAUGGUCUCAUCGGUGACAGGCAAGUUAGUCACGCCGGCGGUAUUGUCCAAAGCACAGUACUGGGUCGAUAACUUGGUAUUGCCGGUGCUCUUUGCCGAUGCGGUACAGCUUCUCACACAGAAAUCAUCAACGCUGAAAGUCGGUAUCGGUAGUAUCACAGAUCUAGUCGAAAUUGGUCCACACCCAACAUUAAAGCGACCGGUACUUGAUACUAUGAGCCAGAACAACAACAGUAAGAGGAACAUCAGAUACGCAUUUGCGCUACACCGGUCUCGCCCGGCGUCCCAGACCACAUUGGAGCUCGUGGGGCUCCUAUUUUGCAUGGGUUACGAUAUUUCCAUGCUUGCAGUCAACCAGAUAUAUCAGUCGGACGACAUAUAUCCGCCUCCUUUUGUCAUUGAUGGGCCAGAAUAUCCAUUUGAUCACUCACAGAGCUAUUGGGCCGAAUCACGCCUGAGUCGGGACUUCAGACUGCGCCAGCCUAUCUCUGGAGAGUUGCUGGGAAUGCGGGCCUCUGACUGGAAUCCGUUAGAACCGCGGUGGCGGAGUUUCUUAACAGUUGAAUCGAUGCCGUGGAUUGGACAUCACGUGGUCAGCCAAACAGUGCUCUUCCCAGCCGCGGGUAUGCUGAUUAUGGCCAUGGAGGCUGUUGAGCAAAUGGUGUCUAGCAACCGUAAUGUCGCUGGAUACCUAGUUAAGGAGGCUCGCUUCAUGAACCCCAUUAUUGUGCAUGAGGCUUGGGAAGAUCGAGUCGAGGUACAAGUACGUCUGCGGCCGCUGAGAAGGCAGCAGCACGAGAAAGAAUCGAAUUGGUUUGAUAUUACCAUAAUGUCGUAUUUUCGGGGUCAGUGGACAGAGUGCUGCCGCACACUUAUUCAAAUCCAGUACCAAGACUCUGCGCAGGUCGACGGAGGUCAAGACAGACUGUUAACCCACCAGAAUGUUCAGGAGAACUAUAAGCGAGCUGUAAAGUCUUGUAAAUUUUCAGUUGACUCGCACGUCUACUACCAGAACUCUGCCAAGCAUGGCCUUGAAUGGGGAGACUGGUUCCAGGUAUUACAAGAUAUCUUUCUGGACCCAACUAAGUCCAUUUCGGUUGCACGAGUCGAUACCUCCCAGCGCAGAUACCAAACAACAAGCCUCGUUCAUCCUGCCAUGUUAGAUGUAGUCUUCCAUAUGUUGCGCAUUGCAGCGGGCCAGCAGUGCGUAACUAAUGUUCCAGUGCGCCUAUCUGAAGCUUGGUUCGCUGCGUCGGGCUGGCAAUAUCCUGAGACGAACGCGCUUCGUUGGAUGGGCACUUCAAUCGACAGAAGUACCGGGGAGCAAGGAUCUGUGUGUGCCCUAUCCGACGACGGGUCAGUCCUUUGCAUCAUCAAAGAAGCUGCAACAGCAGCAAUUUCAAAGGUCGAGACAGAUGCGGAUGAAGUUCAUAGGAGAAAGCUCAUGCACACUAUUGAAUGGAAGCCGCAACUAAGUCUUCUCAGCACCGAGGACUUAGUGCAUAUAUGUCAAACCGCCAAGUUCGUCAAGAAUGAACGUUUGAUUUUAGCUGCACGCACUAAGAUGUGCUCUGUAUUAGAUCUCAUCACUGUCCGCACACUAGCAUUCUUUGAUACAACGCAGCACCUUGUCGAGAUGCCCGAGAACCACCGCCGACAUAUUGAGUGGAUGGAACGGCAUGUUCAACGCUUGACCAAUGCGAAAAGAGAAGAGGCGAUGAAUAUUAGCGAUGAUGAGAUUGAAGUACGAUUACGCGAAGCUGAAGCUCUGCUGCCGACCUGGAAACUUUACACGGUCGUGGCGCGGAACCUGUCCGCUAUUCUGGCUGGAGAGGUUGAUCCUCUUCAAAUCGUCUUCGAGUCUGACCUAGCAUCUAUAUUCUAUGCCGAUAUCUUCGAAACUAUUUGCGCCGAUGGCCGACUAGCUAGUUUUCUGGAGUUAGCAUCGCAUGAGAACCCAGCUUCCCGUAUUCUCGAGGUGGGAGCUGGCACGGGUGGGAUGACAGGACAUAUCAUUCGUGCACUUCAGGACCGUGAAUCUCGUACAUGCGUGCCUAGCUUCGCCGAGUAUGUCUAUACUGAUGUUUCGCCAAUGUUUUUGGAGGUUGCCAGGAGCAGAUGGCCGGAGCUGCAAGGCCGUAUGACGUUUAAAACCUUGAACCUUGAAAAAGAUAUCAACGCCCAGGGAUUUGAUCAAUGUACUUAUGACUUGGUCAUUGCAGGUAGUGUUCUACAUGCCACGCCAAACCUCGAAGUAACGUUGAGAAAUGUCCGCACCGCACUGAAACCGGGUGGGCGUCUAAUACUCUUGGAGGUGAUUAACCCGGAGGACAUCGCUACCAACUUCUGGACUGGACUUAUACCAGGAUGGUGGGUGGCACACGAAGAAUGGCGCCCAUUUUCUGCUGCUGUACCGGAAAGUCAAUGGGAUACAUGCUUGAAGGCGAGUGGGUUCUCCGGCAAUGACCUGACUAUCCGUGAUUACCAGGACGACGAUUGUCAUUUCAUGAGCAUAAUCGUAAGCACCGCAGUGGACGAUAGAGUUUUGACGUGUAAGUUACCAACAGUAGUGGCAACAGCUCAAUCGCAGACAAAUCUCGUCCUCAUCAUCGACGAUCAUGAUGAUGAUGCACAUUUGAUGGAACAAACGGCACUGGCAAGCGAGUUACUUAGCCUUCUCGAAUGCGAAGGUCACUGGCAAGCUAGUGUCUGUGCUUUUUCGUUGAAUGAGCUGGCGCAACUGGAAUUGGCCGACGACGCUCGCAUCGUCUGUCUGGUAGAGGUCAACAACAGACCGCUUCUCGCUUCUCUUUCAGAUCAAAAGUUUCAAUGCCUGCAAUAUUUGCUUAAUCGUGCCUCUAGAUUGUUGUGGGUCACGGCAACGGCUACUGACGACUCGCAAUAUCCUCACUACAGCGCCGUCAACGGAUUCAUGCGUACCGUUCGGUCUGAGCAGCCGGAUAGCCACAUCGUGACCAUGGCCAUCGAGGGUGAGAAGGACGUCGCCAUUUGCGCGCACUUCAUCGCAAAAAUCUUCAACGCCUCUUUCGAAUCAUUUUCACGCCCGCAGGAAUUGGAGUACAUCGUUCGUCACGGACACGUCCAAAGUGGUCGGGCUGUCGAAGAUGAGGCCGGAAUGUCCAUGCUUCACUCGCUCCUCUAUCCGCAGCUGCAGCAAAAGGCCUGGAAAGAGAGCAUAGGGCUCCAGUUGGUGAUCGGAACGCCCGGUAGCAUAGGUUCAUUGCGAUUUACACAAGACAUCAAGUACGAGGCGGAGCUUGACCCUUACGAGAUCGAGAUUGAAGCAAAGGCUUGGGGCCUAAAUUUUCGGGAUGUGCUGAUAGCAUUAGGUCGAGAGGAUGAGGACGAUCUGGGUGCAGAUUGCGCCGGUAUUGUCACCAAGGUUGGCCGUAAUUGUUCCGCACGUCUCCAGCUCGGAGACCGUGUAUGCAUGGUGGCUGAAGGUUGCAUGCGACAGUAUCCUCGCGCGCACGAGCAGCGUGUUAUUGAGAUACCCAAGACCCUGUCCUUCGAAAGUGCGACCUCGAUUCUUGUCCCGGGUCUAACAGCGUACCACUGUCUCGUUAAUGUGGCCCGACUUCGACAAGGGGAAAAGAUACUAAUUCACUCUGCUGCCGGUAGUACAGGCCAGAUGGCAGUCCGCAUAGCCCAGAUGUUAGGAGUUCAAGUCUUUGCUACGACUUCAUCCCCGGAGAAGAAAAAGUUUCUAGUGGACACUUUCGGUAUCCCUGAGGACUGCAUCUUUCACAGUCGGACUACAUCGUUCGCGCAAGGUGUUAUGCGCGUCACCCGCGGUUAUGGCGUUGACUGCGUUUUAAACUCGUUGUCAGGUGACGGGCUGCGAGCUUCGUGGGAAUGCAUGGCACCCUUUGGACGCUUCAUUGAUAUUGGUCAUGCUGAUAUUAACUCCAACGCGGCGUUGCCUAUGGCCAUGUUUUCGAAGAACGUCUCUUUCUCUGCGGUUCACUUGAUGUGGCUGAGCCCCAACGUCAUAGCCACCCUACUCAAUGAAACAUUGCAGUUGUUGAGUAAAGGUAAAAUUCAACCGCCUCAGCCGCUGCACGUAUACAGCGUACUUCAAAUUGAGCAGGCAUUCAGGUACCUCCAAAGCGGUAAGAAUAUUGGUCGAAUAGUGAUUGCCCCACAGCCCAAUGAUGUGGUCCCGCAACUCAUUCUAGAGCGCCGAUCGUGGAGUUUGGAUCCCAACGCAUCGUACCUGAUCGCAGGGGGAUUCGGCGGGUUAGGUCGUGCUACAUUGAGUUGGAUGGCGGAUCGCGGAGCCAAGUAUCUAAUUGUUCCCUCUCGAUCAGGCGCUACGUCCCAAGCAGCCAUCAAGCUCGUGAAGGGGCUGGUGGCGCGCGGCGUGAACAUUGUUGCACCCAAGUGCGAUGCGUCCGAUGAGGCAAGCCUUGCGGGCAUGCUGGCCAAGUGUAGGCAGAGUAUGCCGCCCAUUAAGGGAUGUAUUAACUCGGCGAUGGUUCUGCAGGAUGCUGUGUUCGAAAACAUGACUUUUGCGCAAUGGGACUUGGCCGCGCGUUCCAAGGUUCAAACAUCGUGGAAUCUGCAUCGUUUACUUCCUGCAAAUCUUGAUUUCUUUCUUCUCUUCUCUUCGUUGGCAGGUGUGGUUGGACAGUUAUCUAGCGCCAACUAUGGCGCGGGAUGUGCAUUUCAGGACUCGCUGGCGCACUAUCGCUUGGCCCGCGGCCAGAAAGCAUUGUCGAUUGACAUUGGUUGGAUGAGCAAUAUUGGUAUCAUCGCCGAGACGGCGACCUACCAGCGCCGGCGACAAAGGGACCAGGAUUUGCAAUCAAUCGACGACACAGAAUUCCUUGCCCUGCUGACGCUGUGUUGCGACCCCGUCAACCCGCCUGCUCAACCAGCCCAAGGCACGUCGGGUCAGGUGCUAUUCGGCCUACGAACGCCGGCUGACUUCAUCACCUGCGGCCAGGUACCUUUGCCUCAGUUUCACCGGCCAUUGUUUGCUGCCUACUCGUAUGUGCCCAGUUCAGCAGUAGGUGGGACUCAGUUGGUGGCCCAAGAGAAUCAGCCGGCAACUCUGUUUCGCCAAGCCGCCAACUCUGGUGAGCGCAUACAAGUCGUGCUGCGCGCCCUGGCAGAGAAACUGGGUGGCGCCAUGUCCAUUUUCCCUGCCGAUGUUGAAUCAAAUAAGCCGCUGUCUAGCUACGGUGUCGAUUCGCUCAUGGCUGUCGAGCUGAGGAAUUGGAUUAGCAGGGAAUUUGGCGCCACGGUAGCUGUGUUUGAGAUUAUGGGCGGGCAGCCAAUUUCGAGCAUUGCAGAAUUGGUAGUGGAGAAAAGUGGUUUAAAAGUUGUGAAGGAAACACCAUGA